AUGGCUUUCCUCUCCGUCCUGCUCGCAGCUUUGGCGCUACUUGUUACGCAUUUCUAUCUCAAGCUGCGGCACAGGCGGCUCAAGCAAUUUGCGCGGUUGCCGCAACUGCCGACAUCGCUUGUAUGGGGCCAUUUACGUUUGUACAGCGAGUUUCGAUCCCGGGGCCCAAUAGAUCGACAUCCGGAACUCGUUUUCAAGGACAUGCAUGAUGCUCUGGGCAAACCGCCUCUCAUGUUCGUCGACAUGUGGCCGGCCAGCAAACCCGUCGUGCUGCUCACUAGCCACGAAUUGGCCGAGCAGAUGGCCAGAUCGUCGUCGAAAUUUCCAUUCAGUCCGCCCAAGGCAUCUGCUAUAAAGGACCUGGUGCACCUCACAGGGCAACAGUCCAUCCUGACGUCUGAGGGCCAAGAAUGGAAACGUCUUCGUAAGACGUACUCUUUAGCGUUUGCACCAGCGCAUCUCAUGUCGCUCCUCCCUUGCAUGGUUGAGAAAUUGACCCCGACGAUUGCCCGUCUCACGGCCUUUUCUCAAACUCAGGAAUCAUUUUCACUCUUCAACGUCGCCGCCAGUCUCACAAUCGACGUUAUUGGCGCAGUCGUCAUGGACGAGGAAUUCCACGCGCAAAUUGAUUGCGGCUCUUCCCCCCAAAGUGAAAUUGUCCGUCUCUUCUUCGAAAUUCUGCAGACGUAUACAUCUCGCCACAGCCAGCGCUGGUGGACCAUUCUAUUCAUGGAAAAGAAGCGUCGGCGGCUGACACGCCAGCUCAGACCCAUUUUGGAGGACCUUGUGUUACGGAAAUAUGCUGAAUAUCGACAGCAAAUCUCGUCGGGAAAUAAGCCAGCAAAGCCUCGAUCGAUACUCGCGCUCACGUUCUCUGCGGGUGGGGAAACUGAGCCCACUCCCGAGGCCGUGAGCAACGCGUGCGAUCAGCUAAUGACGUUCUUCUUCGCUGGACAUGACUCGACGGGUGUGCUUCUUUCGUGGAUAUUCUAUGAAUUGUCGUGCUGUUCGCGCGCGCGAGACUGUGUGAGAGAGGAACUAGACGCGUUGUUUGGUAAGGACACGAGACCGGAAAUCGUCCAAGAGGCACUCCGAUCUGAAGCCGGCCCGAGCCUCGUCAGAAAAAUGAAGUAUAUAUCAGCUGUGGUGAAAGAGACACUGAGGUUGUACCCGCCGGCUAGCACGGCAAGGUAUGUUCCACCGGGUCAGGGUUUCACUGUCCGGGACCCUUGUUCCGGAGAAGAGUACUGUCUCGACGGGACUAUCAUGGUGAACUGUCAUAGAAUUCUCCAAAGAGAUGGGACCGUGUAUCGUGACUCGCCAGAGGACUUUGUUCCGGAGCGCUGGCUCGAUGCAGCGGGGGCAUACCCUGCGAGUGCUUGGAGGCCAUUUGAACGAGGGCCCCGGAACUGUAUUGGUCAGGAACUGGCCCUGUUGGAAGCUUGCAUCGUGGUUGCUGUUUUGGCGCGGCACUUUGACUUUACCAAAGUUGGUCUGGGGGCCUUGGAGAGGGAUGAUGAGGGAAGGGUGGUGGUUGAUGAUGGGGGGGUUUCCAGGCCCAAGUCGUGGCUAUAUCCUAUGUACCAGAUUACUGCCAAGCCAGUGGAUGGCAUGAUGAUGCAAGUAUGCUACUCUACCUAG